AUUUUUUCUGUGGAUAACUAUAGUGAUAGGUAACAUAUUUUCUUCAUUAUGUGUAAUUUAAAAGCAUCACCUUCUUUCGUGAAUUUUGAAGCACGGAAAAACGUUAGCCAGUCAUUUAAUGAAAAAAAAACGGAUAAUUCAUUACUUCAGCAUGUGAUUGUAGUGGUUUAGAUAUGCUUGAGAUACAAGAUGUUCCAUCAGAGGCAAGAAAAAUUAUUGAUAGAAAUAAUUCUAAAUUUUUAUUGUCAACAGAAAAUACAUAUUCAUGUGGUGUCAUUCGUGAGACGGAGAUAAUGACAAGUGAUAACAAAAAACAAGUGGAAAACAAGCAAAAGCAAAAUCGACAUACACCAAAUUUCAAACAAGGUAACAGGCAUCCAGUUUUCAAAAGCAGUACUCAGCAUGAUAAAUCAAAUAGUGAAACAGACAGAACAAAUGAAGAUGUAGAAAAAGGCGAUGGUGAUCAUGACGACAAACAAAAUAGUGCAAAAACUGUGAAGAAAAAAUGGAAACACUCUGUAACAUACAGUGAUAAUGUAGCGGAAGCUGUCAACGAGCCUGUGGAUAACUUACUGAAUACUUAUAGUGUAAAUAACUACAGCGGCUCUUCAUCAUCUUUCUCCUCUUUAACUGAAAGUUGCACAUCACAAAAGGACGCCAAUUCAAUAUCCCCAGAAGCACAUCUGUCGAAAUUGAAAAAAAUACACCGCAAGGCAUCAAGACGCAAAAAGUUAAAAUAUUUUAGGAAAAUAUUUUAUUUUGUAUCAAUAAGAAUCAUUCUUAUGACCACAUUAAUUGCAAGUCUCAUAUUCCUUUUGGUUGGAUAUUUGAUAAGUAUAAGAUAUAUGAUGAUAACUGGAUGUAUACUGUCAUUGACAUCAGCUGGUUGUCUAAUUCAGUUAUGCUUUUCAAAACGUACGGCUCCAAAUAAAUUUAAUCCUCAAUCUGUGCCAUUUGCACUAGCUGCUGAAGACCUUCCACAGACAACAGACAAAACCAUUAUUUCACCAUUAUCAAUAACAACACAAAACAACUCAAACACGGUAUUCAAUAAUAGCAGUGCUUUAGCUGACAUAAACACCGACAAUACAGGAAAACGAUUAACUGUCUCAAAUACAUCAUCUACUGUACACUUGACUCCAGUAACAAACACACCAUUAGUCAUUGGGAUUGAUCAAAUUCAAGCUAGACGUUUAAGUAUGGCACUACAACGUUUAACAAGAAAUUCAAUCCAGCCUCAGUCAUCAUCUUCAUACAAAAAUUAUGAAACAUCAGGCAUGCUGAACAUGGCUAGGCGUUUAACAAUGGCCACCUCAGCUAUCGCUAUGGCUGGUAACGAUCGCGAUUAUUAUGGUCAUUCAUCAUGGCUAACUGGGUCCAGAGUUAGACAUGGUGUACGACGCAGCUUGGCGUGGAAUGAUUCUGGUGCGACAAGGUUUUAUGAACAAUGCUAUGAUUAGCGAGGACUUAUUUAUAACUUAAAAAAUAAUUUGGAAAAACAGUUGUUUAUUUUGGUUUUUAGAUGAUCUAAAUAAAUAUUUUAUUCAGCAAAGUUGUACUACAUAUAAAAAAAUCAUAAAAGCUCAUUUUCAGCCACUCAUAUUCUUUCGUAAGUUAUGCUUCAAUUGUAAUCCAAACGUAUUUGUCACCAUUAUGUCUUGACUUAUCGUCAUCGAUUUAUAGUCAAGAUAUGCUUGGUCAUGAUAGGCCUGUUUGUGUAUUUAAUCCAAUAACUUUUCAGACUGAACUAAACUGCCUAAAUUCAUAGAAUCUGUCUAAGUAUAUAGACAUUCGAGAUACUUUGUUGUAAUGUGGGUUUAAAUAUUCUCUGUUUAGUGUUUGUUAAUGCUUAUCAAGGUCUACACAAUCUUUUAAAUUUGACCACUUUAUAUUUCCACUGUUGUAACAGUAUUUGAUAUGCUUUUUUAUUCUUUAAAUACCUUAUUUAAUAAUUAAUCAGCUGUGUAGAUGAGGAUUUUUAUUUUAAUUUUUUUUGAGUAGACUGAAUGAAGCAGGUUUCAUUUUUUUAAAGCGAGUGUUUAAAACAAGGCUGUUAGGAGUUUUAUAAUGCAUAUGUAAAUGCAAAACUAGACCACAGUAUGUUUGACCCUAUCAUAAAUUAAAUCUGUGGGGACUCAAGUUAUUUAUUAUUCUUUAUUAUCAAUAAACACAAGAUUUAACCUUGGGGAUUCCUGUUGAUCUGUGUUUAAUGCAGCACAGUGCAUUUUCAUACCGCGCAAUUUAUGGAAUUCUAUGCAAAUUUCAUUAAUGAACUUUGAUU